AUGGCCUUUUAUCGGUGUGAGAUUUGUUUAGAGAUAAUUAAUCAUUUUUGAUAUUUUAUAGGAAAUGUAUUUCAAGUGCCAGAAGAUCGAAUUGAUACAAUUAUCAAUGAAUAUAAAGCAAAAUAUGGUGGCAUUUUUACAUUAUGGUUACCGUAUCCAACAAUUGUGAUAGCUGAUUACGAUGUAAGAAUUUAAGGGAAAUUGUGCAAGGGUAAAAAUUGGGCUUUUUCGAGUAUCCCAAAUUCGUAUUUCACCCGUUUUUCUUAAAAAUUCGGGUUUUCGAAAGUUGGGCUUAGUGAAAAAGAAAUCAAAAGCCGGGAAUAUUUUGGCAGUGAUUUAAAUAAAAUACAAGUUUCUCAAAUUACAGAUGUUGAAACGAAACAUCGUGAAAAACGGCGAAGCAUUUUCUGGUCGACCUGACACAUUUAUAAUGGAUAUGUUAGUACAGGUAAACCGACACUUUCAUCAAUCAUACUUUUCUUUUCAUUUUUUUUUCUAAAAAUAGGUUUGAUUUUUUUAGGGUAACUUUGGUUUAUUUUUCAUGGAAAAUAUUUGGUGGAAAGCACAACGUCGUUUUACAACACAUAUCUUUAGAUCAUUAGGUGUUGGACAAGCUGGAACACAAGACACAAUUUCAUCUUUGGCAACUGGUUUGGUUGAGAAAAUUGAUGUUGCAAAAGACAAACCAAUUGAGUUGCGACCAUUAUUAGUUGUAAGUCAUGUGUUUUUCGAUAUUUGAAAAAUAGACACAUAAAAUUGUUUGUUUCAGCACGUGGUUGGAAAUGUGAUUCAUAAACAUUUGUUUGGUUUUACUCGUGAAUGGGAUGAAAAAGAGAUUCAUGAUUUCCAUAUUGCAAUCAAUGAUGUUUUGGAGCAUUUCACUUCUCCAAAAACACAACUUCUUGAUGCUUGGCCAUGGCUUGCAUAUCUUGAUAAACCAUUAGCACUUGGUAUUCCAAAUGCAACUCGUGCAAAUGAUGCAAUUCUUCAAUCACUUGAAGAUGCAUUGAGAAAACAUAAAGAUGGUAUAAAUUAUGAUGAAGAUCCAUCAAGUUAUAUUGAUGGAUUUUUGAAAGAAAUGAAAGCUCGUGCAGCUGAAAAUGCAUUAGCUGAUGGAUUUACUGAAAAACAAUUAAUUGUUGCAAUUUAUGAUUUAUAUAGUGCAGGAAUGGAAACUAUUAUUAUUGUUAUUCGAUUUGCAAUGUUAUAUCUUGUUAAUUUCCCUGAAACUCAACAAAAAAUUAUCAACGAAUUGGAUGAAUUUGUUGGAAGAGAAAGAGUUAGUUUAUCAAAAUUUUGAUUUUAUUUUUGAAAAAAUCAAUUUUUCAGCAAGUUGUAAUGGAUGAUCAAAAACUUCUCCCAUACACCUGUGCAUUUCUUCAAGAAGUUUAUCGUCUUGGAUAUGUUCUUCCUGUUAAUUUCCUUCGUUCAACUCUAGAAAAUGUGGAAAAUUGCGAAGGAUAUCGAUUGAAAGCAGGAACUCGAAUUAUUGCACAAUUCCAAUCAGUUCAUGUUGACAAAAAACACUUUGAUAAUCCAGAAGAAUUCAGACCGGAACGAUAUCUGAAUGUGAGUUUCACAGUUGUUUAAAAAGAUGUAUAAACAAUGGAAAUAAUUGUAGGAAAAAGGCGAAUAUAUCAGAGAUGAAAGAAUAAAUCCAUUCUCAAUGGGAAAACGAUCAUGUUUGGGAGAAAAUUUGGCAAGAAUGGAAGUAUUUUUAUAUUUCUGCACACUUGUUCAAAACUUCGAAUGGUAUCCAGAUGGAGCAGUUGCACCAAAAAUCGAAGUAAUAACAUCUUCGCUUCGAGCACCAAAGCCUUACAAAUUACGGGCAGUUAGACGGUAG